AUGCACAAACACCAACAAGGGCUAAGUCCUGCUACAGCUACCACCAUCAUGGAGAAGAGCUCCUCAGUUUCUUUGGACAUCGCAGGGCCCCAGCAGCCUGAACUGGAAACUAGCUUACAACUGGACACAGCAGCAAAGACUGAUCCCAGACAAGAAAAGGAGGAUGAGGGAGAGGAGAAAGAAGGAGAAAGCUGUGCUGGAGAGGAUGCCAAAGGGCAAAGCUUGGAUCCAGAGUGGGUGGAGGAGAGGUUCAGGAUUGACAGGAAGAAGCUUGAAGCCAUGCUGUAUGCUCCAGAAGAAACAGGUGAGACAGGAGAGAAGUUUUUCCAGCGAGUAAUGAGAGAAACUAGCACCCAGGUGAAAUGGCCAUCCAAACUAAAGAUUGGAGCCAAGUCAAAGAAAGACCCCCAUGUGAAGGUGGAAGGGAAGAGAACCAAUGUUAUGGAAGCCAAAAGGAAGAUACUAGAAGUACUGGAAACCAAGCUGAGCAAGGUGUCUCUGAAGAUGGAUGUGGCCUUCACAGAGCACUCCCAUGUCAUUGGAAAAGGUGGCGGGAACAUAAAGAAGGUGAUGGAGGUCACAUGCUGUCAUAUCCACUUCCCUGACUCCAAUCGUCACAACGCUGCUGGAGAGAAGAGCAAUCAGGUCUCUAUUGCUGGGCCCAUAGAAGGGGUGGAAGAAGCCAGGAGGAGGAUAAGAGCCCUCCAGCCGCUGUCACUGUCAUUUGAGCUGCCGGUCAGCCUGGUACCCCAGGCUCUGCCAGAUGCAGGCUCUCCACUUAUCCAGCAGGUGGCCCAGACUUUGGGGGUCAGUGUGAGCUUCAGGGCUGUGCCACCACUGCCUCAAGCCCAGUCACCAUUUUAUGGAAGCUCCUGCACAGUUUGGGGGCUGCAGGGCAAUGCAGCUGCUGUCAAGAAGGCGAUAUGCAUCCUGAUGGAGCUUCUUCUUGGGUCAGAGGCCACUCGGGGAAUGGUGAGCAGCCAGCUGGAUGUCACUGCCCAGCAGCAUCUCUUCCUGCUGGGGCAGAAUGGCGCUAAUUUUCUGAGAGUUAUGCACAAGACCCAGACCCAGAUCAUCCUUCCAGACCUUACUGCUCCACAAAGUCCACCCUCACUGCUCAUUCAGGGCACCCCUGAUGGAGUGUGUCUAGCUCGACAACAGCUCAUGGACUGCCUGCCAGUAUGUUUGAUGUUUGACAUGCGUGAAGAUGGGGAGGGAGAUCCUUUCAAACUGGCUCAGAUGAUGCAAAACCUCGGAGUCUUCAUUAGUGUCAAACCCAAAGUGAAACAGACCAGCAAGUCAGUGGUGGUGAAGGGUCUGGAAAAGAACAUCUCCUGCAUUUAUGAAGCCCGAAGUCUGCUCCUACAACUCAAUUCCUGCGAGACUGCAACGAUAACCACAGUAAACCCUGACCUUAUGUCACCUGGCAGCGGGCUGGCAAACUGUUGGCUUGACAGUUUGUUGCAGCAGCUUCGUUUCUCUGAACAGGGCUCUGCAUCUCCUCAAACUAAAGAGGUGCUGACUGGUACUAAACCCCACCCUUCACCUCCACCAGGCCUCAUUUCUCCAACUGACGAGGGCAGGACAGGGCCGAAGGGAACAGACAGUCGCCAGCUGGAAAAGAUCCUUGAAAAUGAGUAUCAGUCUGACCAAUCAGAGGAAGAGAGCGUUGAGGUUGUAGGGAGGUCACCAUCUGAGGUGUGCGAAGCGGUAAACAACAACAUCAGCAGGGUGGGUCUAAAUGGUAGAAGGGGGAGUCUCCAAAGUCCAGAAAUCAGCAAACUGCACAGCCAGGGCAGACGCCAUUCCACAGGGCAGGCGCUAACAUACAGGUUGCUGAACACAGAGACAGAGGCAGGGGGUAGCGAGCGGAGGAACAGCCUGAGGAGAGAUGUUUCCCGGGCCCAAAAUGUUCACGCUGACUCAUCUAAGGCUAAGGAUUAUGACUAUGAGAAGAAGAAACUGCUGGCAACAAGAGCCAUGCAGAGGAAGCCUGUGGUCACAGAAGUCCGGACUCCUACAGACACCUGGAGUGGCCUCGGAUUUUCCAAGUCUAUGCCGGCCGAGGCUAUCAAGGAGCUCCGUAGCAUCAGCCGGCGCAGCUACAAACCUUACCUGAGCGCCAACACCAAUCAGCAGCAGUGUUGGGCUGCUCAGAUGGGGAAGGCGUGUAUCGGCAGUGACUCUGAGAACUGGAGGGACAGACGUGGAUCCACAUCUCAGCUCGUCUCUUCCUCCUCCCCCUCUUCCUCAUCCCCAUCCUCCCCCUCCACACCCCCACCUUCCUUCCCUCCCUCCAAAGCCUCCUUCUCUGCGUUUUCAUCCUCAGUGAACAGAAGCAGAAAUGACAAGUCAUUGGAAAACUAUGCCGGUGGCUGCUUUUUCGAAGGUGUGUGCUCUACAAGGAGGGAGUCAACCUGCAGUCAGUGGAGCUCGCCCCCCCUUAUGAUGGAUGACCUACCCGAGCUGCUCAGCCAACUUGGGUUAAUCAAAUACAUCGACCUGUUUGAACAACAGGAGAUCGACUACCAGACAUUUCUCACCCUGUCUGAUGAGGACCUGAAAGAAGUAGGGGUCUCCACUUUUGGAGCUAGACGGAAGAUGUUAUUAGCUAUCUCAGAUCUGAACAAGAGUAAAAGGAGACUGUCGGAUGCACAACCUGUAAACCCUGGAUACCUGGAAGGUGGCGCGAGUGGCAGACUUCCACACAUCUUGGAUGUGGAUGUUGCAGCUCAGAGUAACUGCUGGUGAGAAGAGACACCAAACGGAUCUGAGCUUUUAAUUACACAGCAAUGCUGCCAGAGAAAAAAGGUCUUUACUGCUGUUCAUUUACAAGAAAAACUGAGAAGCAAAAAACUCAAUGUAAAGAUUUAUAUCCAGUGCCUUAUAUCAAGAGCAAUAUUCCAAAGCUUUUUGUUUAAUACGACUCAAGAGAAGGAUGCAUUCCCUUCCAAAGCUGGGUCUUCACAAAAGCCAUUUGAGUAUUUGGGGCGGCUGCGGCUCAGGUGGUAAGAGUUUGUCCUCUAACCGGUGGGUUGCUGGUUUGAACCUCCGCUCUGUCUGUCUCAGUCAUGGCUUCUUCGGGCAAGACUCCAUCCGACUUGUCUGCUGAUGGUGCUCAGAGGGCUCGGUGGCGCCUGUGUUUGGCAGCCAUCACAUUGUAGCUCACCACUGUCAGUGUGUGAAUGUGUGUGUGAAUGACUCAUUGUAGUGUAAAGUGUUUUGGGGUCUCUGGGAACGUGAUAAAGCACUAUACAAGUUCAGGCCAUUUAUUUAGGGUGUUAUUUUUACACACUUUUGUACGCAGCUGUAAAUAAAAAAAUUGUUUAGGAUAAAAAAAAAAGUCCUUGUUAAAGCUUAUGAAUCCCAGCAGUACAUUUAUGCUUUUAUUGGAGCGCAGACACACAAAAAAAUAUUGUGAAUGAAAUGCAAAGUUUAGCUUCAUUUAUUUCUUGGGCAUUCUGGUUAAAUGACUAGUGCUCUGUGGGUGCUAAGAAAUAAAAGCAUGCACUAGAGGGCAGUGGUGCCCCACUGUCUUAUAUCUGUGUUGUAUGAAAAAUUAUGGAUUUGUUUCACAUUGACAACAGCAUUACAAUCCCUGGUGGAUAAGGUGUUAAUUUUGAAAUGUACGUCAGUAACAAUGAGACCAAGAAAAAUAAAUCUAAAACCUCAGCUACUCUAUGCUCAAUUACUCUCAUUGGUCACUAAGCUGAUUUAAUGUUAAUUUACCAUUAGUUAUAUAUCAGCAAACCAUUGUACCCAUGAACAUAGUGGUGCUUAAUCAAACUAGUGUAAUUUUCAAAUUUGAAAUACUUUUUCUUGGAUUAUUAUGGAUCCCUCUGCUAGCAGCCAAAAGGAGGUCUUGAUUUGCUCAGAGGCUUCACAAGUUGGCUUGUUCAGCAGCAGCCAAGCAUGAAACACAGAGAGUGACAGGAAGUGCUGUGCUGUGACAGAUUAGGUAGAAAUGAUCCCUACUUAUUACAAUGUCUACGCCAAUUACAUAGGCAGACUUUAAAGUGCUGAUCCUCAAAUCUGGUCCUUGGGCUCUGGAGAACAGCUGAAUUUCUAUCCUGCUGGGUAGCUAAUUGCAUUCCCCUUAGGUCACAGGUCUAAAUAGGUUGGUGAUCGAGCGGCUAGAAUGAAAACUACCAAGAAAAAAAAAAAAGAGCAGUGCUUUGAACCUCCACAAGUGAGCCACUUGCACAUUUCAAACGUGAAGUGGCAAUCUGGGAACGUGACAAGGUUGCAUGGUGGGAAUGCAAAGCAUCACCCUGAGCAGAGCAGAGGUGUCGCAGCUUCUGUUGAGUUUUACACAGGUCUAGUUUGUUACUCGAUUAAAAUAUAUUUUAUUUAGGUUAUGUGAUCUUCCAAACCAAUUUCUUGGUGGGGGAAAGUUAUUCAUAAAACAUUAUGAUACAUAGUGAUGAUUUUCAUAUGCAUUGUCUGAACAUGUCAAAACUUUCAUGAGCUGAACUAUAAUUUAGUGAUGAAGAGUUUUAAGAUAUAAUCCACUCAUUAGUCGAAAUUCCCAUUUACGUCCCUCUUGUAAAACCCAAAUGUAUGCAUUAAAAUAAAAAAUUCAAUUAACUGAAAAUGUUUCAUUCGCUUCUAAGAGCCGACUGGCACUGAACAAAUAAUCAUGCGUGACUCUAUGUAUCAAAAUCCUAGCAGCUAUUAAGUAUGAGGGAUUGCUGCAAAGUCAACGCCAGUGACUGUCCACUGUCUCUACAUGCUCAUCCGGGAGGAGUGAAUGCUGCAAGUCACUGACUGGAUGCAAUCUGCUGGGUUUCCUUAGAUAGAA